AUGACAAUCAUAAUUACCAUUGGGUCUUCUUGCUCAAGAUCGAAUCUUGUGAAGUCGACAUCGGUGAACGUAUUUGGUGGGAUUGAUCUCCUCAAGCCCGCUGCAAUUGGGAAGUCUUCAGUGCUUCAUUCACAACCAAAGUCAACUGUGGGAACUCCUGCAUAUAUUGCUCCAGAAGUAUUGUUGAAACAAGAGUAUGAUGGCAAGCUUGCAGAUGUCUGGUCAUGUGGAGUAACGUUAUAUGUGAUGCUAGUGGGAGCAUAUCCUUUUGAAGAUCCUAAUGAACCAAAGGACUUUCGCAAGACAAUUCAGAGAGUUCUUAGUGUCCAGUAUUCCAUUCCGGGCGGUGUUCAAAUAUCUCCAGAGUGUGGCCACCUUAUCUCAAGGAUCUUUGUUUUUGACCCAGCAGAGGCAUUUUCCUUCUCCAAGGAACAUUUAUUCAAUUUACAUUUGGCUUAA